AUGAGGAUGGAACCAGACUGGGAUCUUGUUUCUUCAGAGCUUGAGAGUCACGGAGAACUGGGAUCAGACCAGGAAGGUGUCCAUGGAAGAAGGGACCAUGCUUCAGAGCAGCGUUGGCUCCUGGGACAUCUCUGCCUUUCUGCACUGCCCACUCAGCACUUCCUGGGCUCAGAGGGGACGGGGAGUCCAACCACUGCCUUUGCAGCUCACACAAUUUCCUUCAUGGGAACAGGGGCCACACAUUUCCUCCACUUUUCAGAGAAGAUAGAAGUCUGGAGAGCUUGGCACCACUUCCUCCCCAGCCUCACCACCUUCAAAAGCAGCACUGCCAAUCUCCAGUGA